GAUGUGACUCAAAACUUUGCUCUGCCCCCAACUAAGAAAGCACAUUCCCCAGUGAGGAAGACAAAGGCACAGCCUCCAGUAGAGGUGGAGCCAACCAUGAGAUCCAUUCAUUUCAACACUGCCCCACAAACUGCCAUCUGGGACUCCCAUCCCUCCAGAGACUCUGCAACUGCCAACAAACCCAAUGUGGACAUGAAAAGCAAGUGUGGCCUGGGGAUUCUUCUCUUAGCAGCCGUUCUGAGCACCUUCGGAGUUUGGUUCCUACCAGUCAGCUCAGCAACUGCGGAAAUCUUGUUAUUACUUUCUGGCCAGUCAGCAAAAUCAACAGAAUCCAAUAGGAACAGCACCUGGGAAAACUCCCCUACCGGCCGUACAGAGCCUACGAUAUUUCUGAAUUCAACUUCUGUUAUUGACGGACCAGAGAUUUCUCCCAUUUCUGGCCUAACUGAAGGCAUUGCCCUGCCUAUGUUCAUUGCAAGUCCAGAUAUACUUUCAGGUGCUGUGAAUUCCACUGUAGAACUCAAUACAAGCAAAGAGCUGAUCAGUGGGGCUGAGCGUUUUAACUCACUCAUUUCCUCACGGAAUUUUCCUUCUGCUGAAGAGCCGCUGUUAUCUUCUACCACUACAAGUUACUUCAUGGAGAUCAGUAUAAAGGCCUGCGUCCAAGCCACUGGCCUGACAGAUGCAGAGGUUUUAGCUAUAGCCAUAGGAGCUCUAUUUCUGGCUAUUAUAUUAAGUUCUCUUUUCUACCAGUUGGUGAUAUACUUGAGAAAUAAAAAAGUCAACAGAGACAGCUCCAUAUAUACAAUCGAAAAUGCACUGCACAAGUACGACAUGGACACCAGCGGGGAACAGCCAGAAACAAAACUAUAGGAUCUAAUUCCUCGUCAGAAAAUGGAUCAAAUACAUUCUGAGUUGUGUGACAGGAUCUUAAUACAUUAAUGAUAUAUGAGACUAUGCGGUGCUGCUUUAUCUUAUGACCCUGAGAUAUGUCCUGCUGUUGUCUACAAUAGCCUUUAUCACUGCCCCCUAAUCCUUGAACAAUACGAUUUGUUACACUCACAUAUUAAAUGUAUGUUAAUUAGGCCCCUUACUGAGCUCCUCCACCAGCCACUGCGUCUAAUAGGCCCACUGUUAAUCUUCUUGUUCAGUACUGGGUACAGCAGCGCCUCUAUCCCAGAAACACUGGAUGGGGUCAUCAUUCAGCUUCUGAGUUUAAGCAGCCAAAACAAUUGAUGGCGAGGGGAUAACACCCGAAAUAACCAGAUUAUCAAACAAUAAGCAGUCAAGAGCUGGCACUUAAAUGGGUGUUCACCUUCAAGAUAACUUUUAGUAUGUUAUAGAAUGGCUAAUUCUAAGCAACUUUUCAAUUGGUCUUCAUUUUUUUUAAUUUUAUUUCCCUUCUUCUUACUCUUUCCAGCUUUCAAAUGGGGGUCACUGACCCCAUCUAAAAACAAAUGCUCUGUAACACGACAAUGUAUUGUUAUUGCUACUUUUUAUUACUCAUCUUUCUAUUCAGACCUCUCCUAUUCAUAUUCCAGUCUCUUAUUUAUAUCAAUGAAUGGAUGCUAGAUUGCUGAAACUGCAAACUGGAGAGCUGCUGAAUAUAAGCCAAAUAACCCAAAAACCACAAAUAAUAAACAACAAAAAACAAUUGCAAAUUGUCUCAGAAUAUCACUCUCUACGUCAUACUGAAAGUUAGUUUAAAGGUGAACAACCCCUUUAAGUGACAGCACCUUGAUUUCUACGAACUGCCACAAGGUAAUGCAUUGAUCUCUCACAGAGCUAUAAUUAUUGUUAUAUUGUUACUUGUAAAUAUGUAAAACAAUCAUGUACACAAUGUAAGUCGUGUUAUGUAAUAAAUGAGUAAAUGUCUUUGAAUAA